ACUACAGUUUCGUAUAUGAGUGAUAAUAAUUUUCCUAAAAUACUGAAGAAUCCCACAACUGGUGUAUACAUGUACAAGACCAGCGCUAGAAAUAUAAUAGUCCAGUCAAAAACUAGCACUGUAUGUGACCAGGAAGAUUUUGUGUGCUGCUACCUUAACGCAGUUAUCGCCCCUCGUUGGAUUCACGUGGUUCCUGUUCGGCCUCUUUUUCGAUACCACGUAAAAAACAAAAUGGGUAUCUCCGUGAAGGAUGUGGAUUCCCACACAUUCACCAAGGCAUUAUCAGCCUUCCUUAAAAAGUCUGGAAAGAUGAAGAUUCCAGAAUGGGCUUCUAUCGUCAAGCUCGGAAAGUUCAACGAGUUGGCUCCCUACGAUGAGGACUGGUUCUACACAAGGGCAGCAUCAAUCUGCCGCCAUCUGUACAUCCGUUCCCCAGCUGGUGUUGGAGCUCUAACUAAAAUUUACGGAGAUCGUAAACGUAAUGGAACAGUCCCCAGCCAUUACUGCCGUGCCUCCGGUUCUGUUUCCCGACGAGUCCUCCAGGCUCUUGAGUCACAGAAGCUGGUCGAGAAGGACGCUAAUGGUGGACGUAAACUGACCAGCCAGGGACAGAAAGAUCUGGACAGAAUCGCCGCACAGGUCAAGGAAAAGACGAAGGCCAAGUGAACACUGAACUGUGAUGGGGAAACUUUGGGGGAAUCAUUAAUAAAUAAUGAUUGAAAGAAAAAA